GUCUAUCUUUUGGUACGGAGUUAACUCUUGCUUAGACGGGCUCAAAUUUCCAUUGCUAUCACACCCCGGAACACUUUGAUUCUGUCUUCUUGCAACUCAAGCAACAUCUCUAGCUCGCUGUUUUCCGGAGGGAACAACCAGAUCACACAUCAUCACUAUGCUAAGGGAUUUUUAAGUUCUUGAAAACAGGAUUUAUACUAGAAAUUAGAAAAUGUAUAACUUGGAUUUGGAGAGAGAGAGAAAGAGAAGGGCCACCGGUGGCAGGCGAGGAGAGUAGAAUAUAGAGGCGGGAGAAAAAGAAAGAACAGGGGUUUAGGCCGUUGGGAAGGAAGAGGAGAUUGAAAAUAAAAGGUUCCAAACCGUUGAGUUAUUCGCACAGGGGAUAGGGUAUGAACAUGUAAAAUUUACGUGGACAUUUACAAUUGGACACAUAGCCCGUACAACAGCGAGAGGCGUUCAGCUAAUCCGCAUUCUCGGCAAAGUUAUUCCAUGGCUCUGCAUUGGUUCAAAUAAAGGGAUUUUCAAGUAUUUUGCAAUUUCAGCAGCUGUCCUUCUCCUUGCUUGUGCAAUGCGCUUUUUACUCUUCAACUAACUUCCCAUACCAUGCACAUUAAAAAAAAUGCCAUACUGCUAGUUUCACCGACUCCAACUUGGUAUAGGCAAGGGUUUCCGGACUUUUAUCUUUCCAAGGGUUUCAAGUGCUAUCUUGGGUUACGUAUUAGAUACUCAACUCUCAUUCUACUGAGCUGUGUUCUUAUGGUUGAGUUUCUUUUUGGAGUAAAUACCGGUUAAUCGUUCAUCUAUGAACCAAUUGUGGUGCACUGGUUAAUCAUUCAUCCAAAACUUCCUCCUUUUCCUUUUGGUGCUUGACAUGAAAUGGUGCUAAGUUGAUUUAAAGGGGAAAAUGGAAUUAUGUCUCUUCAAGGUUUGGCCCUCUCUGGCGUAAUUUGCUUGCGCUUCAGGUGCUUGCCACUUGAUCCUUUACUAGUACUACAUUGGUGGCUCGUGUUCAAGGUGAACAUCGUCAGUUGCUUGCUUUACCGACUUUGGAUUAACUGUCAAAGCAGUCCUAUACUCCUCCGGAUCCUUGGCGCUUGGUCCGAGCUUAGAAACAUUGAGGAACCUUCUCUUAUUUUCAUUCUCGGAGGCAGAAGAGAGCAUGAUGAUGGGUGGAAGGCGAGUGAGAAGGUCUGGAAGGGGACACAGUCUACUGCCUCUGAGCUCAAGGCAUCAUCGUCAUCAUAAUCAUCACCCCGCUAAUACCAUUUCCUGUUGGUACUGCGACUUCAAGUUCUCUUCCUUGAAUGAUCCUCUCUUUUAUUUUGGGCAAAAGCAUGCAAGGUGCCUAAGAGCUUGGUUUACAAUAGGGAUUGGUUUUAGCUUGACAGCAUUAGUUGUUGUAUCUCUGAUUCUACUUUGGGAAUCAGCCAGACCAUUUAAAUUAUAUGGUGGAAGUUCUGAGCCUAAGAAUCUUUUAAAUAGACUAUUAUUUGGUUUCUCUCCUUCGCUUCCUGGAUUAAGCAUAUCAGUCAUAGAUGCUGGGCUUAUGGUCUUCUCGACUUUGAUAUCUGUAGUGGUUCAUGAAUUUGGACAUGCUGUUGCUGCUGCAAGUGAGGGUAUACGAGUAGAGUAUAUUGCCAUAUUUCUUGCUAUUAUAUUUCCCGGAGCUGUGGUUGCUUUCAACUAUGAAGUGGUACAGAGCUUGCCUCACUCUUCUCUACUUCGCAUAUAUUGUGCUGGUAUUUGGCAUAAUGCAGUUAGCUGUGCAGUUUGUGGGCUGGCCUUGAUCUUCUUGCCUUUGAUCUUAUUUCCUCUUUACAUACAUGGUGAAAGCCCCAUGGUUUUGGGCUUGUCUUCCACAUCACCUUUGUUUGGGUAUUUGUCUCCUGGUGAUUCCAUUGUGUCAUUAGAUGGCAUACGCAUUCAUGACCCCCAUGAAUGGAUGAAGAUGAUCACUCUGAUAGAUGAGCAGACACAUCAAAACUCAAAUUACUCAGAUGAUGCUAGAAGUGUCUUGACUCUUGGUGGCAGAAAGGGUUAUUGUGUUCCUAGUUCUUUGUUGGACAAGAGUGUGAAGAUUCAACUGGAAGAUAGCCAAUUUGUUUGUCCUGAUGAGCUUAGUGCCUUUGUAAAGUUUUCCUGCUUUAAUUCAAGUUUGUUAGAUAAUGGUUAUCAUGAAAAUGGAAAGUGGGGUGCAAACUGCUUGACUGCUAAACAUGUUGUCAAGCUUAACAAAUGUGGUGAUGGAUGGCCAGCAGCUGUGACGAGUAGAAGCAGUUGUGAAUGUUCACAGGACCAAUCCUGCUUGAUGCCUGCUCAGGUUCCAGGUGUGACAUGGGUUGAGAUAGCAUAUUCAAACCCUUAUUCCUUGGAAUGCUUGCAAAAAGGAGAAAAUUCAUCAGCAGAUAUUGAGGGUCCUGAAUCUGUAAUAACCAACUGUGGUGGGACUUUUGUAUUUAUUGGAGAUGCGCAUUCGAUGGGACAUUCAGUUCAAUUAACGGCAUAUCAACCCCGCUGGGCAUUCUUUUUAGGUGCAUAUCUUCCAAAUACAUUGGAGAAGAUAUUGGUCUGCACAUUCCAUGUAUCCCUGACAUUGGCUUUUCUCAACAGCCUGCCGGUGUUCUUUUUGGAUGGUGAGUCCAUUUUGGAGGUGAUAGUUUGUAACAUCACUUUCCUAAGCGCCAGGAAGAGGGAGAAAAUUUUCCAAAUAUGCCUCCUCGGAGGUACCCUUUUUUCAAUUUUGGCCAUUUCAAGGAUUUCCCUUUCAAUAUUUUUGUAAGCUGAAGUUAGCUCCUCUGUUAUGACUUAUAAGCAUUUUGUUUUACUACGGACACGGUUUACUUUCUCAUCGUUUUCAUCUUUCCUUCAAUUUCGUGUUAGUAUCAUUAGUUUGUAACAAUGAUAAAAAUCUAAAUUGUCUUUCUAUAUUGCCAUAUCACAUGAGAUAUUUCAUUUUUGUA